UCUUAACGACAUUUUUGGGGAUUGAAGUUGUCGACCUGACGGGAGUGGCUGAAGCGUGUUCGACAUGGGAUAUGGCGGUUAACCCAGUGUAUUAUUCCAGCCGGAAUCCCCAGUGUCCUCGAUAAUAAGGCAGAAUCAUGAGCAAAUUAAUCCUCGGAAAGUAACGGUGGAAAUCAACAGGAGUAUUUGGGCGAGGACUACUGGUCAGGAUUAUUGAGACUAUUUUUAAGAAACUCAAGACCUCGAAGACGCCUCUACGAUGCUUCCCCUAACGCACAAGGACUCCCGUAGUUUCGGUAGCCGAAUAAAGGAGAAGAUAAACGGCUGGACGAGAUUGAUAUUCUCCGACAAGAACACGAGGAAUCUCUUCCUCUUUCUCCUCCUGAACUUCUCAUUCGCCUUCAUCGAGCUGAUCUACGGCAUGUGGACAAACAGCCUCGGGCUUAUAUCCGACAGCUUCCACAUGUUCUUCGACUGUACAGGUUUGAUCUUCGGCCUGAUCGCUUCAGUGAUAACAAAAUGGCGGGCGAACGAUCGUUACUCAUACGGUUACGUGAGGGCAGAAGUGCUGGCAGGUUUUGUCAAUGGUUUAUUUCUCCUGUUCAUCGCUGGGUUCAUAAUGUUCGAGGCGAUUGAGAGGGCAAUUGAACCACCGGAGGUCAAGCACGAGAGACUCUUCGUGGUGUCAGUCCUGGGACUUCUGGUGAAUUUAGUGGGAAUUUACGCCUUUCAGCAUGGCCAUGGCCACAGUCAUGGGGGUGGAGGCCAUGGGCACUCCCAUGGGGGCCACGGACACUCCCACAAUCACAAUCACAGCCAUGGGGGACAUGGGGGCCAUGGGCACGAUCAUCAUGACAUCGAAUUCGAAUCUUCAUCGUCGGGUAAUUCCCAGAUCAUGAAGAGUGUCUUUCUGCACAUUCUCGCUGAUACCCUGGGAUCUGUUGGGGUCAUUGUCUCAGCUGUACUGAUGCACCUCUUCGGCUGGAUGAUAGCUGAUCCCAUAUGCUCCAUGUUCAUCGCUCUUCUCAUCAUCAUCAGCGUUGGAUCACUUCUCAUGGAGUCCGGGGUUAUACUAAUGCAGAGACAACCUGGUGCUCUUGAUCAUCUUCUACCUCAGUGCUAUAAUAGGAUUAAGAACCUCUCGGGGGUUUAUGAUGUCCAGGAGCCACACUUCUGGACACUCUGCUCGGAUAUUUAUGUGGGUAGCGUGAAGCUGGAGGUCGCCAGGACUGUUGAUGCCAAGUAUGUACUUGCUCAGACGCAGAUGAUCUUUCAUGCUGCUGGAGUUAGGCAUCUGACUGUUCAACUGGAUUAUACGCAUACGUGAUCCGAGGGAGGGGAUCAAUUCCUGAGGGGGUUCUGAAGAGAAGGGGGUGCAUGAUUUCUUAGGGGACAUGGGGCGGUGAGGAGGGAUUUUUUUUCGAGGGAUUGAAAUGAUGGGAGGGAUGGGAGAAGAUGGACGUUUUAAAAAAAUCAUUUUCCUUGAUAGGGGGAUGAAAGAAACUCGCCCUCUUGGGGGAGAACAUUUCAUUUCAUUGGGAACUAAAGAAGUUGCUGAUAUUUGAAGAAAAAUAAUUGAAAAUGUCUAUUUUCUUCCAUUCGGUUCGCGCUCGUUUUUCUAAUAUUUUUCAUCCAAUUUUCAGUGCUAAAAAAUUAAUGAUUUCAUGCCCAAUUUAAUUUCAUUUUCCGAACUUUAGGUGAAGUAUUUAAAUUUUUUCAUUCUUUAUACGGUUUCACGUGUAAAUACAAUUGUUGUAGAGAUAAUACAUCACUAAUUUUUCUUUUGAGGUGCGCCUAACGUUGAUAAUUACUGCCAAAUCCUUGGACACGUGUGUCACACCGAGAUAAAACGAUUAAUACCAAAAAAAAAUUGUAUGAGAGAAAAAAUUUGUUUUAAAAAUGUUUUUCAUCUCAUAUAAACUUUUUGGUAUUGAUAAAAUUACCGUACCAGUGAAAGAGAUGAAUUGUUGUUGAUUAUUUUUUACUUUGUUGUGAGGGAUGUUCUCUUGACGAUGGCUAGUCGCGUGGGUCAUCCAGUUUUUCUGCAUCUCUAUGCAUGUGGGGUACAUUUGGAGAUAGAUUAAUAAAUUAUUUGUAAUUGGACAUUCCAAACUGUGACUCAGGGACACAAUGUCUCUGUUCUCGAUCAUUGGAGGGUGAAUUCCAGUCCAAGGUGAAACUUUUCGUGACGAGAGUUCUGUGCAAAUAUUUUGUAUUUAAACGUCAAUCAUAGAUUAUUUUCGUGAUUUAUGAACUGAGCAAUAAUCACCCGGUUUUUUAAAUGAAGUCUUUAUUAUAUAUGGGAGGAGAGAAUGGAUAUUUAGGCGACAAGAUGUGUACAUAAUCAUAAAUACUAGAUUAAUAAAAUAAUAUGGUUUUA